AUGAAGCACAGGCCUAGAAAACAUGGAGAGGUAAUUUCGAUGUCGCCCACUUAUGGAUGUAGGAAAGAGAAUUAAGCUCUCAGAUUGAUGAUUCCUCAUCUUGUAGGUCCAUGAUCAUCGUCGUUUUGGAUCGUUCCAUCAACUUCUUCUUCUUCUUCUUCUUAUCUUUCUUCUUGUUUCGUGUUUUCUUCUAUCUGUGUUGAUCACGCGGAAAUUGCAGCGAAGUUGGGCUGAAAUCUGUUGUUUCGGUUGGGCCUGCCUACAGCUGUUCUGGAACAAAAUUUUCCUUCGCAAGUGGCUUAACUACAGCACACGGGAUUCCGAUUUCAGCGCCGAUGAGAGCGACACGGAAAGCCAAUUGCAUGACGAAGGUACGUAGGAAAGCUGUUGAAAGCGAUCGGGGGAGCUUAAUUUUUUUGUUCUUCGUUUUCUGAGAUCGAGUUUUUACUGCCUAUUGUACUGAGUGGUGUAGUUCCGCAAAUGUGUGUGGUUGUGAACCCGAAGCGCAUGACGACUAGAGGAGAGUGAACAGGUCAUUGUCGGGGACUGGUGUUGGUUAUUUACUGACUAUCGCGUCAACCAUUUUACUUCAAUCUAAGUUCCAGACAUUCGAAUUCGCGACUUUUUUAUUUCUACCUGCAUUCUCGUUCUUAAUAUAGAAAAGUUUAAGUUGAAUGGGGAAGAUUAUAUUUUUCUCGAAACCAGUAAGAAUUUCUUCGCUGCGAAAUAUUUUCUUUCCUAGGAGAUUACUUGACAUAUUCAAUGAAAGCAGAGUUUUGAUAUCUGUAUAUCCUUGAGUGUUUACCCGUUUUCAGUGGACAAACUGCCAGGUUAGCUUUUUAUGAUUUUUGAACGAGAUCUUCAAAAUAUGAUUAGAAUACGAAAAUAUUUUCAUAAAUAGUCUUUAUGCGUUUAUGAAUCACUAAAAGAUGCUAAACGGCCAUGGCUACGUCCUUCUACCUAAAUUUGGCGGCCGUUUCUAUCAAAUGUUUUUCUGCUGCUUCUUUUUCGAUGAAUUUAUGUAGUAGGUUCCUUCACUUGUCAAGCACUCGAACAUAAAACUUUCCCUAAAAUCAUGUCCAGUAACGAUUUCAGAAUGGAUCGUGCAUUGGAUCUUGCCUUUGGGAUAAUACAACAUUUAAUCUUCUAUUUCUUAGUCGUAGAGAAACUAAUUCUGUGGUUCUAAUGUGCAGAGAAUGUCUCUGAUAAUGCUCCUAAGUUGCAGAGGCGAAACUCUGAGACCCGUCGUGUACAAUAUAUACGCACCAAAGAACUAAGGCAUGUCUGCAGCAGUAUCUCCCAUCUAUAUAGUUUUUAUCACUAUUAAACAUUUUCAAUAUUUUAAUUUAUACUCUCCUUUUGAUGUUCAUCGUCUCUGGGAUGCCUUAUUUAUGGUUUCAAGUGAACUAUUAGCACAAACACGAUUUAUGAACUAAUAUUUAGCUUACGAUAUGCUACAGGAUCUGUGUUGGAACCUGGAAUGUCGGCGGGAAACUUCCACCUGAUGACAUAGAUAUCAAUGAGUGGCUAAAUAAGGAGGAUCCUGCUGAUGUAUAUGUACUGGGGUUGUACUCUCAGAUAGAAACUGGUUGAGUUAUGGAGAUCUCCCGAUCAAUUGUCCUAAACUUCUAUGCUUUAUCUGAUUUUACUUCUUAGACUACAAAUCAUUCUCUUAUGGAGCAUAUUUUCACUUCAUCCAAUGUUCUUGGCUGAUAACUCCAUGGAAAAGAAGCAUGAGUAUUCUUACUUCUAUGCUUUAUGCCUUCAUAUGCAGUAGACAUAAAAGAAAUACUUGAAAUAUCCAAUUUAGAAUUUAUUGGCUCAACGACGGACAUAUAUAACUGUUUAUGGUGAUUCAGAAGAUUUAUUUCUUAGUUACUUCGUUUUUUAUUUCGACUCGCAGAAUCCUGAGAAAAAGAAAAGAAUUUGGUUUCCACCGAGCUGAAACAGUAUGCUGGUGGCUCUAUUAAACUUCACAAAAUUCUAUUCAGGUUCAAUCUGGCAUGAUUUAAUAACUUCUACAGAUGCGGAGUCCAUAGAAAUAGUCUGGAUAAAUAAAGUUUAUGGUCUACUUCCCAAUGAUUCCCCCCAAAAAGAAUUUCAAUAUCAAAAUAAUCUCUUUGUUGGAGAAGUUUUGACGACAACUUUAAAUUCUGACCUUUGGCUCCGCUAUGACUGCGCCAAAAUGUGAUGCUAUAUUUCAAGUUCUCACAAAAAAUUUUAAAGCAUGGGAUCUCGGACAGUAGUCCAUAAAAUUCCAGCCAUAUUUUGAGAAUAACCAAUCAAUGUGGUAUACCAACUGGUUUACACUCUGAUCAAACUUUGAGAAGACUGGGGGUUUUUAUGUUCAAUGUUCACUAUUUAUUAUUGAUCAAUUUUUUGGAGACACUGAGAAGUUGAAACGUUCGAAUAUGUGCAUUCAAUGUUUGUUUCAAUUGAUUUUCUUCCUUUUCUAUUAGUAGCAUCACGUUUAAUAUUUCAUUGUGUCUGUUCACUAAAGCUUUUUCUUUCCAUGUUUGUUGCAAUUGUGACUAAAUCUUUGUUCAUCACAGUUUUCAGGAGGUAGUUCCAUUGAAUGCCGGAAACAUUUUUGGAAUUGAGGAUGACAGAUCUAUCCCAAUAUGGGAAUCAGCCAUUCGUCAAACGCUAAAUAGUACUCCAUCAGUAGUGGAGAAGGUCAAAUGCUAUAGUGAUCCUCCUUCUCCAUCCAGGUUCCAGGCGUCGAAUGAUAUGCCUUCAGUUGCGGAUGAAAUGUACCCAGGAAUCGAUAGUGAAAGUAAUGACGAAGAAGUCCAUUUGUUGGUUGGUCAGUCCUAUAAUUUUCAAGGCAACGCCAUUCCAUCCAUUGCCCUGCAAGAUGCUAGCUACUCUCACCAUGGCGAUGUAGGGGCGUCAACAGUUCCAGAUAAAGAAAUAGAUUUUAGUCCAAGGAGAGUAAACAGGUUGAGUUCCUUUAGUACAGUAGAAAACGAGGUAAACGCCGAGGCAUAUGUUGUACGACAAAGGAGUAUGGUCAGAACACUGAGUAACUCGGAGAGAAUUGGUUUGAGUUGGCCAGAGAAGCCACUAGAUUUAGUAUCACAAUGCGUUUCAGGCAGCAUGGACUCCUUCAAAUCAGUUGGUUCUUUGAGAUCCUGGCAUUCCUUUAAAUCAGCGCAUGCGGGCUCUGACAUAGGCUCGAGCCUGGGUCAAAGGCUGGACUCUGUCAUGAGUAAAAGGAAAAGAUCAAGAUUUGUUAGGAUAAUUAGCAAGCAAAUGGUAGGGCUUUAUAUGUCAGUAUGGGUCCGUCGUAGUCUCCGAAGACAUGUCCAAAAUCUGAAGGUAUCUACUGUUGGUGUUGGUAUUAUGGGUUACAUUGGCAACAAGGUUAGUCCUAUCCUGUGCUUCGCAUCUUGUUUUACCUUCAUGUCUUUUGAAGCGGAAUAAAUUAUUUUCUUCAUUAGAGUUGGCUAACUUAUUACAAUCCGAGGACCCAUAAAGUGAAAAUAGUUGACCAACAUAUCUAUUGACAAAGUUCCUUAUCUAACAUUUUUUUCCAUUGGAUAUUUUAUAUUUUGACUUUAUUUAUGAUAAAUUUGAAAAAACAUCAUCUAAAAUGCAUUCAGUGUGAAUAUGAACUUAUUACCGUGCUAAAAGUGUAUGCUUGGAUUUUAGCCAGUUUUCUGUAGGUUAUUGGAUGUCAACCUCGUGUAGCAGAUGCCCAUAGUAGGCAUGGUGCGCUACGUCACAAGAUUACAGAUUUCAUUGAAACCUGCUCCUCUUUCCCUAUUUGUGUUGCAUGUGGCAGAAUUUUUAGAAAAAUAUACGCGUUUGGAAGAUUGUUUAGACUUUAAGACAGAUGAUAUUCAGAAAUUGUCAAUAUCAAAACAACAUUGGGGGUUGCACCAAUUGUGGGAAAAUAUGGUAGCUAUCCUUGAUAUCAUUUAUGUCCAUUUCAUUUUUGCAUAUAUUUUUACAAUUAGCUUUCUCGUUCUGCCUAGUUAGCAACAGUCCGUGGAUUUGACAUCUAGGGGAAACACUAAUAAAGGGCCAGGUUGCUAUUAGACUGGUGGAUGUCUAAAACUCUCGCUUGAGCUUUUGAGCUGGAUUCGUUAAAAAUCCAAGUCCAAUACUAAUCUGAUGGAUGAGGGUUCACGCUGACAAUAACAACAGCAAUGGAAAGAGUCAGUAAAAAAGGUCAUCAAGCUGCUUCCCAUUUGGUAUUUUCAAUUUUCUUUCAAACUUAAUGUAGAUAUAUUGGCUUUCCGAAAUAUCAAUCAUAUCUUAUAUUUAUCAACUGGCUUUGUCGAGGUGUCAACCAUAACCUUUCAAGUCUUGAUCAGAUAAGCUCAUUUAGGACACAAUGAAAGAAAAACAAAAAUUACUUAUCCUCUUCAUUUGGCGUCAUGUAUUUAAGUCUCUUCAAAUAAGCUCAUUUGGCGUGAUGUACUUAUGGAACACGGUUUUGUUAAAACCCUUGAAGGCCGUUGUCAUUGGUUUCGUGGUUUCCAAAUCAUUUUCUGUUGUCCUAUCCUCUUCAUGGUCUGUUGACACUUUCUUAGUUGACUGUAGUUGAGCAAAUUUUUAAAUAAAAAUUGUGUCAGGUUUGAUGAGUAUUUUAGCUAUUUGAGAAAUAGAAAUUGGCUGCUAGCGAUAUUUGAAUGUAGGUUGUUAGAAAGUAAUAUAUUUUCCCCAUGAGAGUCAUUACUUAUGUCCUUCCCGAGUCUAUCUUAUUCGUUACAUUAGGAAUUUUAUAGUGAGAUAUGAAUGUAUGCAAAAACUUUCCUAAAUCCUGUUUCCAUUGAUGACUCAAUUGGUUUUUCUGGAAUAUUCGCUUCAUUUCGUUGAAUAAAAUGGGAACCACAUUGUGACAAUCUUUCAACCUUUUCCAGGGAUCAAUUUCUGUCAGCAUGUCAAUAUAUCAGACUCUGUUUUGCUUUAUCUGUAGUCACCUAACUUCUGGGGAAAAAGCGGGUGAUGAAGUUCGAAGAAAUUCUGAUGUGCAAGAAAUAUACCGCCGAACAUUGUUUCAUUCAGAUCGUAGCACCAACCUGCCUAGAACCAUCCAUGACCAUGAGUGAGUAUAAGAAUUCUCCCCAAUAAUAUUAUGAAGAUAAAGCCUUAUAAGGAAAUCAAUUUGGUUUAUUUGUGGAUAGUUUGUUUUUGACUGUUAUCCUUCUGCUGUUUUCUUGCUGAUCUUUCAGCCUCUGUGUUCAAUUAUUUUGAUGAAGUACAAAUUAUAAAGAUUUCGUAAUGGCAAGAACAUGUUGAUUUACUGCAGUAACUGAGAUACGUGUAACAUUACUCACCUGUUGGUGGUUGUCAUUUUUCUUUUCAUGCAAACAUAUAUAUUCUAAUAAAAUGGAAAAAUGAAAAGAGAUAUAUAUGUUUGCAUGAAAACAUAUAUAUAUAUAUAUAUAUAUAUCUUCAUGCAAACAUUUAUAUAUUCUAACUGGAGAUCAUCUCGUGAGCCUGUCAUGUACGAUGAGAGUGAGGGGAGCUGUUCUGACUCUCUAUUUGCCCCUCCCCCCACCCCCUCUUUCCUGUACUUAUUUUUCUCAACUAAUUGAGGCAAAAUGGGGUGGGAUGUGGGAGAGGGGAACAUUUGGGAUGUUUCUUGGGUCUUUUGUGGUGCUUCUUCUUCUUCUAAUCCAUUCCUUUAGCUGUGGAGUUUUGUGAGUGCAUUCGAUUCGUCGUUUACAGUUCUAUUUAGGGAGAGAUUCAUUUGAUCUGUGUAUUUUUCGUCAUUUUAUGCGCUUUCUUCCACAUAAUGAAAUAUUUCUUUAACUCACCACCUUGACACACAGAUUCCUUAAAACUGCGUCAAUUAUGGUGCCUUUUCUUAUUUGUGCCAUAUACAUUCUUCUGUGUUAUAUCUAAUGCACAACUUGACGAAUUACACAUUGUUGAUCUGACAUUUCGCCACAGGUAUUCAUGCCUUUCAACAUUGUUUGGGCGAUAUAUGGUAUUAGAGCUAGAUUCACCACCUCCCAUAUCUUCUUAGAUAUCUCGUGCUUCCUAGGUGGCGAUAUGCAACAUAGUCAACUUGUAGUGGCCCAAAUGUAACUAAUUAUAUGACAUUAAUCGGACUUCUCUGGAUGAAAGCAUUAUCUGAUUUUUCGCCUGUAUGACUGUUUGAAUUUAUGGGAUCAUUCUUUACCUUGAUGUAAGAAUCAUACCAUAUUUCAAAAAGGAAUGAAAUCAGAUAUUCUUUGUAGAUUUACAAACUUCACUUGUUGCCAACUAGUUUUGACUCGAGUGAUAUCAUACUCCAUAUAGUUUCAGAACCAAGUUAUUCUAGAGUUUUACUGACCUCAUUUAAAUGUACAUUUCGUCAGACUUUUCAAUGGUUCUAUGUUGGAAAAAAUAAAUAAAACCUUGUGUUUUGUCAAUUAAUUAUUUAUCUAGUCCAAUUAAGAUUUUACUUUUUUUUUGUUCAAUGUGUGACUAUUCUAACAUAUGAACCAGCUAUAUAUGUGUUCGAAGAUGGUAUACUUUUUAUCACUGUAAAUAUGUGCAUUUCCUGAUUGCUCAGGAGCUUGUAUCCUUUUUCUUUGAAUCUAAAAAAAUAAAAAUGGGCACCAGAUUCAUUUCUGCUGAUUUAGGCAUCUAAUAUUCGUUUCAUGUCAGAAAUUAAUUUAGAAUGAUUAAUAUCUCACUGCAGAAGAAUCAUAUGGUUGGGAGAUCUGAACUAUCGUAUCAAUUUAUCCUACAAUAAAACAAGAGAACUCGUCUCCAAACGAGAAUGGUUCAAGCUGGCUCAGAUGGAUCAGGUAACAUUCUGAAGCAUCUCCUCCAUGAGUGAGUUUCUAUUCUUUGUAGAGAGCACCUUGUUGUUGGAGGUGUGUGCCUGAAGAUGGCAUCUCUUAGGCCAAACACACUCCGUGUUUAGACCUGAUAAUAAUGAAGAUUUAUCUUCUUCAAAUGUCAUCAUCCAAAUACUACUGUUCUUCAGGAGUGAUGCACAUUUAGCAAUUACCGGGAAAUGUAUUAUUUUCUCUAUUCGAUGAUGGCAAAAAAAAGAUAAUCUUGGAUUUUCAUUGAGCCACCAAUCUAUCAUGUGGCAGUUAAAGCAAGAGCUGAAGGAAGGUCGUUCGUUUGACGGGUGGUCUGAAGGUGUUCUUGAUUUCCCACCAACGUACAAGUAUGAGCUCAACUCGGACAAGUACUUUGGGGAGGACCCAAAGAUGGGCAGGAGAACGCCGGCAUGGUAAAACUCCAUAUCUUUUCUGCUUCCGUUUUGCUUUUGUCAUAUGACGGGUAAGCAGAAGGGACUUUGGGUUAGAGAGUGAGAGAGAGAGAGAGGAUAUGUAAUGCAUUCUCCACCAAUUGCCUUUUUUUUUAACUGCAAUUAGCACCAGCAGACUCUCAAUCAAUCAACAUCGCUUUAUUGUGAAUUGAAAUGUCGGUUGGUUUCUCACUUCUCAAAGGUUAUGGGAGUUGAGUUUCCAUUGGGCAGGUGUGACCGCAUUCUCUCAUUUGGGAGGGGCUUGAGGCUUCUGAGUUACAGCAGGGUGGAGUUGAAGCUUUCUGAUCAUCGCCCCGUGAGGGCCAUUUAUGCGGCCGAGGUGGAAGUGUUCUGCUACAGAAAGCUCCAGACGGCUCUAACUUUCACUGAUGCAGAGAUAGAAGGUUCUGGGAUCGUAUGA